AUGCGUAGGCGUGGCUUGAGGCUGGGGGCGUGGUCCUUUAAAGCUGGCGGUGCUCGCGGCGGGUCUCACAAUCGCGGCGGGGCCAUGAACGGUGAGCAGGGUUGGUGCGCGGUGCUGGAUGUGCGGCCCCACAGCGAGAGUCCGGACAACGUGAAGGUGCUGAGGCUGACUCUGCCCAACCAGCUGCCCAGGGAGCAGCGCCAGCAGGCGAAGCAGAAGCCAGUGGGAAAAGCCUUCGCCAUGGUGGCCAACAGGUCCAGCAAUGGUCACUCCCUGGCAUCUGAGUGCAUCAAGUCCAACGAUGGUGACGAGGAGAUCAUCAAGGUUUACCUGAAGGCUCGAGCUGAGGGCAGCAUCAACCACAAGGAGCACAUCAGCCAGCUGAAGAGUGAAGUUCGCUACAUCCAGGAGGCCAGAAGUUCUCUGAAGAAGCUGAGAGAAGGCCUUAGUGGUGAACUUGAGAACAGACAAGGAGCUGAAGAGUACCCGCAGGAUACACUGGAGAGGCAGAAUGGGACCUGGCUGCACCACGAGAGGCGGCCUGAGGACUGCUGGGAGGAGCAGGAGGCUGAGUGCUCAGGUGAGGAUGUGGAGAAGAUUCGCCAGACAACCAGGAGGCUCUUCAGCAAGCUGCAGGAGGCUGAGCAGAGGCACCAGCUGGAGAAGAAAGCCUUUGAGAGGACGGUGGCCCAGUACCAGGAGGAAGCAGAGCAGAGGAGCUGUGCCCUGAGGAGAGCAGAGAAGAACAUCUUGGAGAAGGAGGUACAGGUGGAAGAGCUGCAGAGGCUCCUGGCAGAGAUGGAGAAG